AGGGUGCCGUCCCAUGGCGCGUAUCGAGAUACGCGCGUAUCGGGCGUAUCGACUCUGCGACCAAUCACAGACGAUCCGCCGUUUUUGAUACGCUUAACAAUCUUUUGAACAUUGUUUAAGCGGAUCGCACACUCACAUAGUUCCAUCGUAACGUACGUGUGGGUCGAGCCCUCCUUCUUGGGUUCAGGUGCCAUAUUGAGUGUAGAAAGUGCACUAGUGGCACUAGAGCAGUAGAGAAAAGAGAAGAAACGGAGUAUUUACAUACGAGGUGCGUGCAAUUAGGAAUUAUUGCGAUCUAAUACACAACAGAAUACUCAGGAGAAUUUGGACAGUUUCCCGCAAAGCUGAUCGUUAACCCGAAUCGAAGGCCGACACAAGCAGGAUUGUCAGAUUCUCGAGGAAGGGCCGCGUGUUCAUCGGACUGAGACACUAUACGACCAACGCUAUCCGGUCCGACGCAUCUAUGCCCGUAGUACAUGCGGUUAAGGCGAAUAGACGCUCGGAAUUGAAGAUUUUACUUUCGCUGGCCGCCCCCGCUUGCUCUCUUUGUGAUAUUUCUCAUAGGCGGUGUGUGAGCAACUUUGGCAGAGUUUGUCUAAUGUCGACGGCGGGGCACAGAAUCACGCAGUCCCUUAGGAAACAGGCGUACGCCGCUAUCCUUCAACAGGAAACGGCAAUGUUUGACAGAGAAAGUACGGGAGAACUAGUCGGGAGAUUGAGCGAUACACAACUUAUUAGCUCCGCUGUCACGUCCAAUGUAUCAGAUGAUUUGCGCUCUGCUAUUAUGGCCAUUACAAGAAUGUCCAUGAUGUUUUAUGUCGCCGUCGCUAGCAUAAUAUCGAUUAAUGAAAGUAAUUUGGUUCAUAAAGGUGUGAGUGAGAUUGAUUUCUUUCUCGGCGCUGUAAAUGAACGCUCGUCCGCACUUUCUCUGUAUAUUUCGUGUUGUGAUACUAUUCGCUGUAAAACGUAUUCUCAAUCAGUGAUAUAUAUUGUAAUGAUUACUUGUAAUAAAAAUAAAUCUGAUUAACUGAGUUAUUGUCACUGA